AUGAGUGUCGUUCAGAACAAGCAGGGUCUAGAUGCCCCCUUGGCCUUCCUAGGCACAAUCAUCCACCAUCUCUCACCGAAACAGAUUGAAAUCAUCCCGAAAGGGCUUCUCAUCGUCGGGGUGAACGGCAAGAUUGCCGUGGUGGAAAAGGACGUGGCAGACGACAAAGUUGACUCGUUGCUAUCUCAACAUGGCCUGAGCAGGCACUCUCCUACCUUCACAGUCUUGGAGCGAGGAGAAUUCCUGAUCCCCGGGUUCAUCGACACGCACAACCACGCGCCACAGUGGACGCAGCGAGGCCUGGGCAGAGGCAAGCUGAUCAUGGAGUGGCUAAACAAGACGACGUUCCCGCACGAAGCCAAAUUCCAAGAUCCAGCCUACGCACGCAAAACCUACGCCUCGUGUGUCGACGGGUUCCUCAAACAAGGCGUCACCACGGCGGCCUACUACGGCUCUCUGCACGGCGAAGCGACCAAGAUCCUGGCUGAGAUCUGUGUGCAAAAAGGCCAGCGCGCGCUCGUGGGCAAAUGCAACAUGAAUCGCGAGGCGCCGGACUACUACGUCGACAAGAGCGCCGCCGAGUCGAUCGCGGUGACGGAGGACUUCAUCGCCUAUACACGCCAGCUCGAUCCCACGCAGGAACUAGUCACGCCGAUCUUGACGCCGCGCUUCGCCGUGGCUUGCGACCACGACGUGCUGACGGGUCUGGGCAAGCUAGCAGAGAAGAACCCGGACCUGCCGAUCCAGACUCACUUCAACGAAACGCUGCAGGAAAUGGAAAUCACCAAGAAACUGUAUCCGGAAUUCGACAGCGAGGCCGACCUGUACGAGCAUUUCGGCCUGUUGAACGACCGCUCCAUCCUCGCUCACUGCAUCUACAUGGACGACUAUGAUAUGCGGCGACUGAAGGAGCUGGACUGCGGCGUGGCGCACUGUCCGAUCUCAAACACCACCAGCGGCGUCUUCGGCGUCGCCCCCGUGCGCGAGUACUUGAACCAGGACAUCAAGGUCGGCCUGGGCACCGACAGCGGCGGCGGCUUUUCGUCGUCCAUCAUCGACUGCAUGAGACAGGCCUUUGCCGUGUCCAAAGCCAGACAGCUCGACCACCUGCAAGACAAGCCCCUGCAUUUCACCGAGAUGUUGUACCUGGCCACCCUGGGUGGGGCGCGCGUCUGCAGUCUCGACCACAAGAUCGGCAAUUUCCUCGUCGGCAAGGAGUUCGAUGCCUUGGAGAUCCACACCGUCGGAGACGACGCCGGUAUCAUCACCCUGGUCGAGGACGAGGAUACUACGGAAGACAUUCUGGAGAAGUUCGUCAUGAGUGGUGAUGAUCGAAAUGUUGCAAAGGUUUUCGUCAAGGGUCGGUCGGUUAAGAAGUCGAAAUAG